AUGGCCACCGAAAACAUGAAGCAUUCGCCAGAAUUUCCGGUUGGCUACGGAGAAUUUAUACUCAUCAGUAGUGAUAAUGUUGUAUUUCACUUUCCACACUUCCUUCUAGGCCAUGUCUCGCCCGUCUUCCGUGACAUGUUCAGCCUCUCAAGCUCCGAAGCAGUGACUGGGCCUCCAGAGGUCAAGCUCACGGAAGAUUCUGCCACAAUAGAUCAUCUAUUGCGGUUCUUUGACCCCAACAAGAAGAUCUUGCCCACCGAAUCAUUGGAUCAGAUGGUCAGACUCUAUGAGGCCGCUCACAAGUACCAAGUACAGCAGGAAGGCGCCCGCCUCUCAGCGCCUUUCGAAAUCCGACGAGGUAUUGAUAAGCGGGGCUCAAUUUGGACCUCAACCUUCAUCGCCGAUCCAAUGGCUAACACCUCGAAAACGUUUCCAGCUGGCUACGGCGACCUCGAACUUGUGUCGAGCGACAGUGUAGUCUUUCACUUUCCUCGGUUCCUCCUUUCGCACAUGUCUCCCAUCUUCAACGACAUGUUCUCCAUUGCACAAGAGGAUAAUUCGACCUCGAGCGCUUCUCGUCUUACCGUGACCGAGGACUCGAAGACGUUGGAAGCGUUUCUUGGCUUUCUUGACCCCAAGCAAAGGUCGCCCAGCCUCGAUUUUGCCAUUUUACCUCAGCUGUUGGAAGCCGGACGAAAGUACGAGGUACCGCAAAUAAGCGAAUGGUGGGAGAGCCAAAUCUCCUUGGAAGAAAAGUCGACGUUGGCCAUGAGCUUUGUACUCACACAACCAAUGACCUCGCUUAUCCUCGCAUUUCGAUACGGACUCAAAGACACGGCUCGCCUCGCCCUCCGAGAGCUGGUCAGAGCACCCCUGAGUGACUUGUAUACAACCAUGGCGCUCGAAACUACACUCCUCUCGCGUCUAUUACAACUACGUCAACAGCGCGUUCAAUGGUUGCAGUCAAAGAUAUCCGGCUGGUACCGCGGCAUCCUCCAAUGCACGAGCUGUUACCAGUCUCAGCUUCACCUCGGACAACAAGUCUUCACACUGUCGACUAGUAUUGCAUCCGAGCCCUCGCUUCGUGGUCUUAGGAAAUCUGGUGUGCACUGGGCUAAACCACCGUGUGGCCACCAUCUUGACUCGGCUGCACUGUUCCAGAGCUGGGAGGCGGAGAUUAUAAAAUUGGAGAAGGAGAUACCAGACUUUAACCUGUAA